UCUAUAUAUCUCCCCAAUCAUAUGUUAUAUAUAUGACUCUCAGCUCCCUGUGAUCUCUCAGGCCUGCUUUGCCUUUGUGUAUCUUAUAUUAAACACUGCAGUAGCUGCUAUAGCAACUCCCUCUCACUUAGUCCCAAUCAUAUUAUACUCUCUUAUCUCCCUCCCCAGUCUUUUUAUAUUUGUGUAUGUAAAAUAUUUAGAGUUGUAGCCAACUUAUUAAGAAGAUCAUGGGAGAUUCUUCAUCAUCCUCAUAUAUACACAUGGUGCAGCACCUGAUAGAGAAGUGCCUGAUCUACCACAUGAGUAAAGAAGAGUGCAUGGAAGCUCUGUCUAAGCAUGCAAACAUCGAGCCUGUCAUCACCUCCACCGUUUGGAAUGAACUGGAGAAAGUGAACAAGGAGUUCUUCGAGGCGUAUGCACAGUCUCAAAACAAAGGAGAUCGAAUGUCAGAGGAAGAGACAAGCCAAUUGAUCCAAAAGAUGAUAUCGGAUUCCAAAGAUUCCGACGACUAGUUAUAACAUGCCAUGCCAUGGAUCGAAAGCGAUCUUGCCUUGGCUUCUGGUUGGUAGCUUCAGAUAUAUAUGCAGCCAAACUACAAUAGGCAAUAAGAUCGAUAGAUCAUCGUCUUAUUAUCCGGUCCCAUGCACAUACAUAUUUAACUUUUAUGUUUAUGGUAUUAUAUGAAAAUGAAUAAUACGAAAGAGCAUGGACUCUAGCUAUAUGUUAUAUUUCGUGGUCUCUUUUUUCAAAUAAAAGUUUUAAUUU